AUUUCAGGGAUGUCCGCUGAUGUGCAGCAAGGUCAGUCGAUUCUCACGACGACCCUGGCCAUGGCAUGUUCUAAACACGGAACGAUUUCUCUUCCAUACGAAUCGCACCUUGAAUAAGCUGUCUUUCAAUUGACAUCUGAUUGAAAAAUAGCCAUCUGCAACAAAUCUAUCUUUAUCCUCGCAAGUACACGCUCGUCCGGUGGCUGCACCUCCUAGGUAGUUAGCACGCGACUAGACCCGACCGUUAGAGCGGCCCUUGUGGUAACCGAGUCCCUGAAAUCAACUACGUCCGCAGCACGCAAAUCUCCGCUCCCUUCCCUCCUCCGAAAUCACACGACAGAAACGACAGAAAUUAAGACACGAUGGCGAGGAGACAACAUUUGACCUUGAUGGUCGCCCUCUCGAUUAUCACGUUUCUGAGUCUCACGUACAUGUUCUCCGGCAAUGGGCCCCGUACCGAUCGCCUGCCACUCUCCUUCCAAAAGCCAUCAGCUCCUUCGGCUCCCUCAGCUCCCGCAGCAGAAAAGGCGCCAAGCGAUGGCAUCGAUGCCAGCAAAGCCGAUUUGGGCGCGAUAUCGCAAGAUAUCUUGAAAGGAGGAUCGAUAGCGCCAAAGCUGGAAAACGCAACAGCAAAAGCCGAACUCGGCCGCGCCUCGUGGCGACUCUUCCACACGAUGAUGGCCCGCUUCCCCGAGAAGCCGUCGGCGGAUGACAGUCUCGCGCUCAAGACAUACAUCCAGCUCUUUGCGCGCCUGUACCCGUGCGGUGACUGCGCGUCGCAUUUCCAGCAGCUCCUCAAAAAGUACCCGCCGCAGGUCUCUUCGAGGAACGCCGCCGCCGGCUGGGCCUGCUUCGUGCACAACCAGGUCAACCAGAGGCUCAAGAAGCCCGAGUUUGACUGCGUCAAGAUUGGCGACUUUUACGACUGCGGGUGUGGAGACGACAAGAAGAAGAAGGAGGGUGAUGCAGGGGGAGACGAGAAGACUCUCCAGGUGCAGGAAAAGAAGAAGGAAUAAGAAUUUUUUGCAGUCGCGAGUUAUUGUGCAGCAGAUUAAAAUGAGCAACAGUGCUGCAGGAUACUCAGGCUGCUAGUCCAACCACUGCCCUCCCUCUGAACAAGGAGCUGGGUGGUCUUUGUAUCGUAGUUGAUCUUUGGGGAUAGCAUGGCGUUCUGCUUAAUUGUUUCAGGUUACCCUUAUCCAAUUGAUUGAUCUUGUUUUUGUUUAUCAGAUCCUAAAAA